UAAAGAAACUCCUCGUAAAUUUCUAAAAAUCAACAGUUAAAAUGAGUCGUAGACGGAGUAAGAGUUCAAGUAGUGAUAGUGUUGACAGCGCUGAAGAAGAACGUCGUCGUGAUAUCAAAGAACGUGACGAAUUUUCUAAACGAUUAAAGGAAAAAGAUGACACCAAAACAAGGAAAGUUGUUGAAUCAAAAACAAACAAACGAGCAUAUGAAGAAGCAGCUAAAAGGCUUAAGCUGCAACAUGAUGCUCGUGAUAAACUCAUUCCAAAGUUACGUGUCCAAUCACGAAGAGAAUAUUUGGCAAAACGUAAAGAGGACAAAGUAGCAGAACUUGAAGCCGACAUUGUCGACGAUGAAUAUUUGUUUGACGAAGUUAAACUCACGAAACGAGAGAAAGAGGAGCGGGAACAUAAGAAGCGACUUUUAAGCAUUGCUAAACAACAUGAGGAAGCUCGAGAGCUUGAACGUGUUCAACGAUAUCACAUGCCAAAAGAUAUGAAAACAGGCGAGAAAGGUGAAUAUGUGGAAGUUGACGAACGUGAAAAGCAACCGAAUUCCGAGCAAAAGAAAUGGGAAGCUGAACAAUUACAAUCAGCUCUCUUCAAGUUUGGAUCUCGUGAUGUUAAACCCGACGAAUAUGAUCUGCUUUUGGAAGAUGAAAUCGAAUUUGUUCAAGUUCUUCGAAUGGACGGUUCUAAAGACAUUGACAGGAAACCGGAAGUGACUGAAAGUGAAAAGAAGAAAAUGAACAUUGAAGAAACUAAGAAGAGUCUUCCCGUGUAUCCAUUCCGUGAUGAUUUAAUUGCAGCAAUUCGUGAACAUCAGGUUUUGAUCAUUGAAGGAGAAACUGGUUCUGGUAAAACAACACAAAUUCCUCAGUAUCUCUAUGAGGCAGGAUUUACAAAAGAUGGCAAGAAGAUUGGCUGUACACAACCACGUCGAGUUGCAGCAAUGUCAGUGUCUGCUCGUGUUGCUGAAGAGAUGGGCGUGAAGUUGGGAAAUGAAGUUGGAUACAGCAUUCGAUUUGAAGAUUGUACAUCAGAGAGAACUGUUUUGAAGUACAUGACAGACGGAACUUUGCACCGCGAAUUUCUCAGCGAACCUGAUUUGGGUUCAUACAGUGUGAUGAUCAUCGACGAAGCUCACGAACGUACACUUCACACUGACAUUCUGUUUGGACUUGUUAAGGACAUUGCAAGAUUUCGUUCUGAUUUGAAACUUCUCAUUUCAAGUGCGACGUUAGAUGCUGAGAAAUUUUCAGAAUUCUUUGAUGACGCGCCAAUUUUUCGAAUUCCUGGUCGUCGAUAUCCGGUUGACAUUUAUUACACAAAAGCACCAGAAGCUGAUUACAUCGACGCUUGCGUUGUUUCGAUCCUUCAAAUUCAUGCAACACAACCACUUGGUGAUAUUCUCGUGUUUCUCACAGGUCAGGAAGAGAUUGAAACUUGUCAUGAGAUUCUUCAAGAUCGAGUUAAGCGUUUAGGAUCAAAAUUAAGAGAAUUGAUAAUUCUUCCGAUUUAUGCCAAUUUACCUUCAGAUAUGCAAGCAAAGAUCUUCGAUCCAACACCACCAAAUGCUAGAAAAGUUGUUCUAGCUACAAAUAUCGCUGAAACUUCUCUCACUAUUGACAACAUUAUUUACGUCAUUGAUCCAGGAUUUGCUAAGCAAAACAAUUUCAAUUCAAGAACAGGAAUGGAGACGUUGAUGGUUGUUCCAAUAUCGAAAGCAUCAGCAAAUCAAAGAGCGGGACGAGCGGGAAGAGUUGCACCUGGAAAAUGUUUCCGUCUUUACACAGCAUGGGCCUACAAACAUGAACUUGAAGACAAUACUGUGCCUGAGAUUCAAAGAAUAAAUUUGGGCAAUGCUGUGCUGAUGUUGAAAGCUCUUGGAAUUAACGAUUUGUUGCAUUUUGAUUUUCUCGACCCGCCUCCACAUGAAACUUUGGUUCUUGCUCUUGAACAACUUUACGCACUUGGAGCUUUGAAUCAUCAUGGCGAACUCACGAAAAUGGGACGCCGAAUGGCGGAAUUUCCAGUGGAUCCGAUGAUGGCGAAAAUGCUUUUAGCUUCGGAGAAGUAUAAAUGUUCGGAAGAGAUUGUAACAAUUGCUGCAAUGUUGUCAGUCAAUAGCGCAGUGUUUUACCGACCGAAGGAUAAAAUUAUUCACGCUGACACUGCAAGGAAGAAUUUCAAUCACAUUCAUGGCGAUCAUUUAAGUUUACUUCAAGUUUACAAUCAAUGGUGUGAAAGUGAUUACAGCACGCAAUGGUGUUAUGAAAACUUCAUUCAAUAUCGAUCAAUGAAGCGAGCUCGUGAUGUUCGAGAGCAACUUGUGAAUCUGAUGCAACGUGUGGAAAUUGACAUGGUGUCGGGUGUGACAGAGUCGAUAAACAUUAGGAAAGCUGUCACUGCUGGUUACUUUUAUCACAUAGCAAAGCUUUCAAAAGGUGGAAAUUAUAAAACCGUGAAACACAAUCAAACUGUGAUGAUUCAUCCGAAUUCAGCUCUUUUUGAAGAACUUCCACGAUGGGUUUUGUAUCAUGAACUUGUUUUCACAACAAGAGAAUUUAUGCGACAAGUCAUUGAAAUUGAAAGCAAAUGGCUAUUGGAGGUUGCGCCGCACUACUACAAACCGAAGGAACUUGAAGACUCAACAAAUAAAAAAAUGCCGAAGACUGUCGGACGAGCAGGCCCAUCAGAUGCACAUUAGGAAAGAAUUUCUAAAGUUUUUAGUUAAUAAAUUUGAUCAAUUAUGAAAAUACAAAAAAGUUUCAUUUUAAUCUUUUGAAAUUUGCAGAGAACUUUAGAAGAUUUUACAGCAAAAUGUCAACAAGAAGGUGUAAAAAAGUUAAGUAACAAAGGAAGAAAUCAUUUCCACUCUAGUUUUUCCAAUAAGUUUUAAUUGAAAAAUAGAAAUUGUUGC